CAUUGUAACUGUAAACAUUUAGGAAACUCAACCUGAAGAGUGAGUAAUAAAUUCAUUGCCUGAUUAGUAUUUAAAAUCCAUUGUUACCGUUUAAUUGUAUCAAAUUGAUUUCAUUAUGAGUCAAAUUGUCGAUGAUUGGUUAAGUGAAUUCGACAAAUUCAAUCAAUACAAAAACUCACCUGAAGAAAUACAUGCUUAUGCUAUUGGUGUUUUCAAUUUCCCUGAUCUGAUCGCUGCGAUAGUGAAUAUCUUGGAAGAUGAUAAAUCAUAUGAAAAGUUUCUCGCACCAAUAUGUACUCAAUUGUUUAAUUACCAUCGGAUGAAGGAUGAUAGACUCCGAUUAUUUGUAAUUAGCUUCUUACCCUCACUAAUCAAUAUUCAUUUGCAAUUUAGUGUUAAACCUUUGGAGGUUCGACGGAAAUAUCGAUGUGUAGACACUGUCCUUCUCGGUGUUUACAAUGCUGAAAUAUCAAGUGAGGAUGGAUUAGGUUCUAAUCGGACAUUUAGAGUGCCAACAACGGCAAAGCCCUCCGUUUAUCACGAACCGCCAACAACUUCAACCUCAUCAUCAGGUCAACAAUCAACUACCGGUAACGAUAGUUCUGGUAAACCUGAUUCUGGUCUACCCUUUAUUAAUGUUCCUGUUUAUGGUAAUUAUAAAACCAGUGAUUCCAUCAAUGCUUCUAAUCGCAACAAUCUACUGAUUGGUCUUUUACACUUAUUCCAUGAACAUAUGAGCUGUUUACCUAAAAGAUCUCAUGUCGCUUUGUGUCGAAUGGCAAUCAGUGUUUUGGAAAAAGAAACUCGGCCUCCAACCGAUUGGAAAGAUGUUCUAAGUAAGCACCCAAACGCCAUCGGUAAUCUUCACAAUUCCACUUUACUGCCUGAUUUUCCUCGUAAAAUUACCGUUGUCCCCCAAUUUCUGGUUCGUCUUGCCAGUUGCAUCUAUUUUUGUAUCUACAAUGGUGUUGGUGACAUUGCCAUUCAAGCUUUAGAUCAUGUCCAUUCCCGUGGGUUAACUGACCUUUACCCUGACGUCUUAUUGAUGACUAAUGCAAUCAAGAAUCAAUUAACCACAAAUCCACCGACAACCCAAUCAACUGAUGGACAAACAGGAAUAAGUGUUCCUUUAACAUCGACCUCAACGGUAACUUCUACCCCAUCAUCAUCAUCUAAUAAAACCGCAAUUACGAACGCGUCGUUCAAAACUCGUAAAUUACCUGAAGAUAUUCCGAUUGUUACCUCGACAAGUAAUAACACUAACCCUAAGCGUUUGCCAUCCAUUAACGAGGAUAAUCAAAAUAAUUAACGAAAUCUAAUUUAUCUAAUAAUUAAUUUACAAUUUCUAUCACCAUUAAUACUCCUAUUCAAUAAUAUAACUCAACUAAUCACUCCAAUUGCUUUGAAUAUUAGUCUAAUUCUAGUCAAUACUAUUAUAAGAGUAACUGAAAAUAAUCUCACUAAUAUUUUACAUUGAAAUUAUCGUAUUUAGACUAACCAAUAUAAUUAAUCAGAUUUAGAGGAAACAGUAAUCUGACAAUACAAUUAAUUAAUCAAAAGUGAAAAAAAUUUUCUCUCCAUUUGAAAUUUCAUUCCAAUUAUAAUCAAAAUUUCAAUACUCUAAUCCUAAUCCAUUGAUUCAUUUGUAAUCUCUUGAUUGUGUAUCCAAACUAAAUUAACAUGCGAUUAAAUUGUUCUCACUAAUCAUUUGAUUAUUUGCUUUAUUCGUUUCGCCAAACUCAUUGGAAAUUUAAAAAAUGAGUUAAUUGUCAAUGCGCAUCCAACUGAGAGUUGAUUGUUAAUCUCUCGACACCCUGUAGACUCAUUGAUAGUAAACCGAGUGGACCUUUAAAUUGAAUCUCUGAAUGAGAGAUGAGUCACUUUGUUGUUGUUUUGCUUUUUCCUUGUUAUUGUUACUCAAUCUAAUUUGAUUCUUUCAAUAUUUUAGAUUUAAAUUGAUUAUGGAUAAAAUUCCACCUCCACCUAAAUCAUUAACUUCCAAUGAUCAGAAUUUAAAUGAAAACGAUGACAAAUCAACCCAAGGAAAAGGAAGAGGAUCAUUUACCUAUGGAUGUAACAAUAAACUCGAUGAAGAAUUGAUGAAAUUAAGAAGAGAAAUGCCUUUAUGUUUUAUCGACAAUAAUCAGGUUGGUUUACGACAAUUGGACAUGUCGCUUUUGUCCCAAUUAAAUGCUCUGAAACAAUCGAUCUCUGAAUACAAAAAGGCUCUCAAUGUGAUCGUCAAUGGAGAUGAGGUUGAACAUUAUGGCGAUGGUCAAUUCAAUGGGCAGUACAGUUCAUCUUUGGUCUCAAUGGAUCAAGAAAAUGAUUUACCAGGGGAUGAGGAUGAAAUCGAUGGUGAUGAUGUUAUCACUUCGGAUGACGAAAGGGAAGAAGAUGGAGAAGAGGAAAAUAGUGAACGUUCAUCUGAAUCUAUUGUCUAAUCUUCCAUCAGCUGAUCAGUUGAUUCUGAGAAAGAAACAAUAUACUUAAUUAUUUGAUGGAAUAUUCAUUAUUUUCAUCUUCGAUUUUCUUAACCAUUUUAUCACUUUAAACUCACUCAAUCAACAAAUUCAACAUAUUAUUUAAGUGACGAUUCCAUUCCAGUGAUCAAAUAUAAAUUGAUUUUCUUUUCAAAUGAUUCAGUAAAUUAAACUUUCGAUCCUCGACUAAUUCGGAAGAUGCCAAACAUAAUCAUAAAAAAUAAAUUAAACAACAAUUAAAGUCUUCACUGAUUAAUUGAAUUUUAUCUGUAAA